AUGCCCAGCGCCGUGUGCUUCAGGCCGGCCUUCUGGCUAGCACUUGUUGGGCUUCGAGCUCCCACAGGUGUGGGGUGGGAGCUGAAGUUGGAAGACUUUGAGGAUGACGACUGCAUCGAGUCGCCGGAGUCUGAUCUCCUCUUGCAUUUGAUGCAUGAGCUGGGAGGCGUGUUCGAGAAGGUGCUGCUGAAGUCAAGUGGUGGCAUUGCCAAGGACUCCCAGGACCUGGCUGGUGGGUUUUGUGGAAGGGCACCAUCAGCUCUCCGCCGGGACACGCGGCGGUGGUCCGUCGAGUCGGUGAGCAUGGACUUCGAUGCCUUGGAAGAGGCGGAGUCGGCAGCCUCUUCAGACCUGGAACCCUUCUUGAAGGCCGCCAAGGUGAGAUGCUUGGAGGAGCUCCUUGGGCAACAGGCCUUAAGGUUACCCCGCUGUCAGCUGAAGGGCCUUCCGAGCAGCAUAGGCCGCCUUCGGGAUUUGCGACUCCUGAACCUUUCAGCGAACCAGUUGCAGUGCCUUCCAGAGAGCUUCUCCAAGUUGGAGUCCUUGCGGGAACUGGAGCUGGGUGACAACCAGCUUCGCGCGCUGGACUUGGAGAAUCUGGACGCCCUACGCAGGCUGAAUGUGCGGAACAACUGCUUGGGCUCCCUCAUUCUGCCGAAGUCUUUGGAAGAGCUGGACGCUACGGGAAAUUGCUUUGAGCGGCUGCCCCAGCUGCCUUCUUCGCUGCGGACCCUUUGGAUGGCCCAGAACGAGGUGACGGAGCUGCCUGACAAGCUGCCAUGCUGCUUGCAGGGCAUGCAGGUCGCACACAACCAGCUGCAAGCUUUGCCGGAUUCUCUCUGGGAUGGCCACGCUCGCUCCGUCAUGACGCACUUGGAUGUCUCGCACAACUGGCUCAUGAAGUUGCCCAAGACCUUGGCGGAGCUGAGCUCUUUGCAGAGUUUGUGCAUCGAGGGCAACCGUAUCGGAAGCCUCAACUUUGGAGCGCUGCCUGAGUUGAGGACGCUGCGAGCGGCGGACAAUAUGAUUGAUCAUUUGCCUGAUACUUUCAGUGAGUGCUUAGCACUUCAAACGCUGGACUUAGCUGGGAAUCCUCUUGUGCCCGCAAUGCGGACGACGCCGCAGCACCGGGCAUGGCUGCAGCUGGCGCUUCUGCAAAGCGUGGGCAGCUUGAGCCGGUGCUUUCUGGGACCCCAGGAGGAGUCCUUGCCAUCGCUAGCGGCCCAUGGACGACUGUCCUUGGAGGGGAGGCAGCUACGUACUUUGCCUGGCUCGGUGUGUUUACUGCAGCUGGUGCAGCUGGAUUUAGCACGAAAUCGUUUGGAGGAGCUCCCGGAGAAGAUCGGGCGACUGCAGAACCUGCGGUGUUUGUCCAUCUUGGACAAUCGGAUGGCCGCGCUGCCCCACAGCUUGGUGGAGCUCAAGAGCUUGGAGAGGCUAGACAUCUCCGGAAACCAACUCCAAGCACUUCCAGAAGACUUUGGAAGCCUCAGAAGUUUGAUGGAACUGGUGGCCGUGCAAAAUGGCAUUUUCAGACUGCCAGAGAGCUUUUGUGCGCUCUCACAGCUUCGCUCUGCCAACUUCACACGGAACCGCUUAGUGUCGCUGCCUCGCCACUGGGGAAGUCUUCAGCAGCUUGAAUGGCUGGGACUUGCUGGGAACGAACUGGUGCACUUGCCCGCGAGCUUUCGAGCUCUAAAGCGCCUCACCGAAGUGCAGCUCUCAGGAAAUCCAUUGGCAUCGAUGCUGCUUGAGGUGGAAGACCUUCCAGAACAACGCGCGCUUUGGGAGAUGAACCAGUGGGGCAAACUGGCGUCCAUCAAGAUUCACGCUCAACAGCAAGGCCCCAUUCCAGAGUGUUUGGUGCACUGGCGCUGGGCGCCCGUCGACAGCUCUGAUGCGCAGGAGAAGCAGCCACCGAAGCCGGAGAAGGUGGAUGAAGGCCGCGUGCCGAAACAGCCACCUCCAAGUUCAGGCGCAGAAGCAGUGGUGGAGCAUCUCCGCAACCAACUGGAGUCCUUGGAUGCGGCUGGCGCGCAGAAGAUGCUGAAGCAGUUGUUUCGUGAGUGGCAUCCGGACAAGCGCCAAGAGGCCCAGAAGGUGAUGGCCACACGUGUCUUCCAAUGGCUUCAAGAGGUCAAGGUCCACUAUGCACCCAAAAACUGA